AUGGCUUUAGCAGAAAUUUGUGGCUUGUCGGAUUUCGACUCGUUCAAACGGGAAGCCCCCUUUCAGAAUGAAAUCGUCAGAAUGAGCAACAAUUUCACAAACAAUACGCAACUGAGUGUGCCCCCUUACCCCAACCCGGCCGACAACUUAGCCCACUUUUCGAAGGACGAAAAAGGCAGCGACAUCAAAAUCAAGUUCGACCAUGGUACCACAACUUUGGGUUUUAUGUAUCAAGGGGGCGUAGUUCUAGCCGUGGACUCUCGAGCCACUGGUGGGCAGUUCAUUGGGUCCCAAACAAUGAAAAAAAUUGUGGAAAUUAAUGACUUCCUUUUGGGCACUUUGGCUGGAGGCGCCGCUGAUUGCGUGUACUGGGACCGCGUCCUGGCUAAGCAGUGUCGGAUGUACGAGCUGCGCAACCGAGAGCGGAUUUCUGUAGCUGCAGCUUCCAAACUUAUGGCAAACAUGGUUUAUAAUUACAAAGGGAUGGGUUUGUCCAUGGGGAUGAUGUUAGCUGGAUGGGACAAAAGAGGCCCCCAGUUGUACUACGUGGAUUCGGAAGGGACAAGGACCCCUGGAAAAGUGUUCAGUGUGGGUUCUGGCUCCAUUUACGCGUUUGGUGUCCUGGAUUCUGGGUACAAGUGGGAUUUGAAGGAUGAUGAGGCGUACGAUUUGGGGCGCCGGGCUAUUUACCAUGCCACCCACCGAGACGCCUACUCUGGAGGGAUUGUCAGAGUUUAUCACAUGAAGUCGACUGGAUGGGUCCACAUUGACAACAACGACUGCAUGGAUCUUCACUACAAGUACGAAGAAGAGAAGGCGAAAGAAAUCAAUAAAGUCUAGGUUUGUUAAUUAAAGGAAUUAAAUUACUUUUUUCAA